GAUCAGAGGACCAAUAUGCGGCGUGGAGUGGAACAUGACGUAUUAUGAUUCCAAGGCAGAGCUAGACUAUCAGUACUCCCUGCAAGAUGGUGAUGGGGAAACAGUGAGCCCUCCACUACAGGUGGAGUUUGUGUAUGACCCUAACUUCAAAAACAAGGUCAACUACUCCUUCACAGCCGUUCAGAUCCCCACAGACAUCUACAAAGGAGGGAGCUCCUGCCCAUGUCAAGCAAUGGAUAAUAGAAAUGUUGUAGCGGUAGAGGUGGGAUUAUGCGCUUAGGAGACUGCAACACUACCGCCACACCAUGACAGGUACAGAGCCUAUAAAAUGUCUUCACCCCCUUGAACUUUCUUCACAUUUUGUUGCGUUAAAAAGUGUGAAUGAAAUAGAUUUAGUUCUAUUUUUUUUGGCAUUGAUCUUCACAAAAUACUUUAUUGUAAAAGUCAAAAGAAUUCUACACAAUUUGACAAAUUAAUACAAAUUAAAUAACAAAAAUAUAGUCGUGAGUACGUAUUCAUGCCCUUUGUUUAGGCAAGUCUAAAUUAGUUCAGAAGUAACAUUUUGCCUAACAAAUAACAUAAUAAAUUAUGACUCACUCUGUAUUUUUUAUGACUACCCCCUUCCCCUGUCCCUCAUACAUACAACAUAUGUAAGGUCCCUCAGUCAAGUAUUGCAUUUCAAUCACAGAUUUAACUACAAAGACCAGGGAGCUUUUCAAAAGUCUCAUAAA